CAGAAGAAGAGCUGAGCAUGCAUCAUCAGAGCCUAGCCUGCUGAUGAACUAGGGCUCUCUAGCUAGUCUCUACUGAGUUCCUCGCUCCAAACACGUCUACCUGCAUCCCUCCCUCCUAUCUAUCCUACUACACUCUGCGCGGUGCCGGUGAGGCGCCCCUUACACGCGACAGCAGACAGGCAGACAGGUACGGUGCAACGGGAUAACUAAAGCACAACAAAGAUAUCGUCCAUGGAGAUGGCCGCGGCGGCGAAGGGGCCAGCUAGUGCCCCGGAGUGGCGGGUGACGGUGCCGGAGGGCGCCUCGGCGGUGGCGGUGGAGCACGAGGCCUGCCGGGCCGCGCGGGCGUGGGCGUGGCUGGUCUCGUGCGCGCUCGCGUUCAGGGACAGGGUGCUCGGGUUCGGCAGGCGUGUCUGGAGGAUCGGCGCCGACGACCCCAGGAGGGCAGUGCACGGCCUCAAGGUCGGCCUCGCCCUCACGCUGGUCUCCGUGUUCUACUACACCAGGCCCCUCUACGACGGCGUCGGCGGCGCCGCCAUGUGGGCCGUCCUCACCGUCGUCGUCGUCUUCGAGUACACUGUCGGUGGCUGUGUGUACAAGGGGUUCAACCGAGCCUUCGCCACGGCCAGUGCCGGUGUCAUCGCGCUUGGCGUGCAUUGGAUCGCCAGCAAGACCGAUGAAAAGUUUCAGCCGUUCAUCAGAAGUGGCUCAGUUUUUGUGCUUGCUGCGAUGGCGACGUUCUCUCGCUUCAUCCCGACGGUGAAGGCGCGGUUCGACUACGGCGUCACCAUAUUCAUCCUGACCUACAGCCUGGUGGCCGUGUCGGGCUACCGCGUGGACGCGCUCGUGGCGAUGGCGCAGCAGCGGGUGUGCACCAUCGCCAUCGGCGUCUCCAUGUGCGUCGCGAUCUGCGCGCUCAUCUGCCCCGUGUGGGCCGGCCAGGAGCUGCACCGCGCCACCGUGCGCAACAUGGACAAGCUCGCGGACGCCGUCGAGGCCUGCGUCCAGGACUACUUCGUCGCCGCCGGGGAGCAGGCGAACAAGCAGCAGCAGUCCUCGAAGAAGGCGGCGGAGGGGUACAAGUGCGUGCUCAACUCCAAGGCGUCCGAGGACUCGCAGGCCAACCUGGCGCGGUGGGAGCCCGCGCACGGCAGGUUCGCCUUCCGCCACCCGUACGGCCAGUACAGGAACGUCGGCGCCGCCAUGCGCCACUGCGCCUACUGCGUGGAGGCCCUGCGCGGCUGCGUCCGCUCGGCGGAGACCCAGGCGGCGGCGCCCUGUCACGCCAGGCGGCACCUGGCCGGCGCGUGCGCGCGGGUGGCGGCGCGGUGCGCGACGGCGCUCAGGGCGGCGUCGAGCUCCGUGGACACGAUGACGACGUCGCGGGGCCUGGACUUGGCCGUGGUGGAGAUGAACGCCGCCGUGGAGGAGCUGCAGGCCGACCUGAGGUCGCUCCCGUCCAGGCUGCUUCUUGCCGAUGCAACGACUACGGCGGAGCCCGCGGCGCCGAUGGUGGGCGCGGCGCAGCUGUUCACGAUCACCUCGCUGCUGAUUGAGGUGUCCCUGAGGAUCGAGGGCGUCGCGGACGCCGUCGACAUGCUGGCGAACCUCGCCAACUUCGAGUCAGCAGACGACGAAAACGAAAAGCCCGCGAAAAACGUGAUCAAAGAGUCGGAAGGGAAUGGGACGAUGAAGACGCUUGAGCAGGCCUAAUCGAAUCGGAUUGCGCCAGAAUUCAGUCCACUACCGGUAAAUGAAGAUGACGAUGAGUCGAGCCCACUGGCCAGAUUAUCAUACUGGCCCGAUCUGAUGAGUCACACACCCUUGAAAACAAUCCUCAUGUUUCGAAUGCAUUCAACAUUCAAACGAGACCUAACAUGAAGGGAAUCACAUACGGACUCUGAUUGAGAAUAGGAGAAUAGUAUUGUCCUCAUUCAUCAUGGUUUUGGGGAUAAGAUCAUCAUUUCUCAUCAUUCCUUAAGCUUGCUUGUUUGUAAAGGAUGAAGCGAUGGCAGAUCUACACAUUUCAUUUCCCGCAACCAAACAAGU